AUGGUGGCUAUUGCUGAGAAGUUGAAACGUCGAAAGAUAGAUAAUGGUGAAGACAAUGCGGGGAAAGAGGAAGAGACUUGGUCCAUACUCCCAGAUGACCUUUUAUGGAUGAUCAGAGAAAGGUUAAAUUUUGUUCAAAACUUGUGUGUGGCUGCUGUCUGUAAGAAUUGGUGGUCUUCAUCUCCAAUUUGCUCCGACAUUACCACCACCACCGCCAGGUUCUCAUUGCCAUGGAUCAUGGGAUAUAGGGGUCGUGAUAGCACUGAACAAAAGUUUAUAGAUCCCUGGUACAGAAAGAAAUAUAUCAUUAACCUCCCAGAUCUCUCUGAAGCCCGUGUCAUUUACUCGAAAGAAGGAUGGUUGCUUUUAAUUAAGACAAUUGGAGUGAAUUAUGUAGUGAGAGAAACACCAACAGGACCGAAGUCAAUUGAAGGAAGGAAGGCUUAUUCCCCAUUCUUAUUUAACCCUCUCACUAAAUCUAAAAUUGAGUUGCCAAAACUACCUUAUGUGACUCUGUUAGCUGGAACGUUCUCUAUCAGAGAUGGUGCACUUAGCCAUGUGGCCUUUGCUACAUAUGAUCAUGAUAUUAUCCUACCUCUAAAUGAGCACUCUUUAUCUCCAAAUUUCUUUAUAACCAGCCUGGGUGACAGAGGUAAAAGUGGAGAUGAUGGAACAUCAUCAUGGAUGUGGCUCAAGUAUACCCCAACUUUUGCGGUUAGACAAAUUAUGGAUGAUGUGGUUGGUUUCUUUAUUCUUGGUGAUUUGUUGUACUGCUUUGAUCCCUAUGCAGGGAUGUUAGUUUUUGAUUUGUUAACUCUUACAUGGAAAGAGUACCGGAGAUCUAGAAAUCUUAAAAUGUCAAGUUCCAUUUUGGAGUGUGAGGGGGAAAUCAUAGAUAUGCAAAUGAGUACUAAAUGGCAGGAGGAUGGUGUUAAAUUUUUCAAGUGGAAUCUGAGCAACUCCUCUGAUAGCAAUGAAAUUGAUUGGGUGGAGCUAAAAGAUGAUGAUGCACUCAUACAGGACAGGGUUUGGUUCAUUGGAGGAACAAGGUACUCUUCUUUUACAAGAAAAGUAUUGGAUGGAGGAAGGUCGAUGAAGAAAAAAGUCUACUACUGCAAUAAUUUCGUCUUCCAAGACAUGAAAACGGCAAAGUGGAUUUUCAACAGAAUUGAUGGCCUGGAGAACUUGGGUGGUGUAUUUGUUGAUCAAAGGCCUGACGGUUACCUUCCCCCACUUUGGGUGGACAUUAGUUGA